AUGCCACAAUAUAUGCUAGAAAGAUUACGACCAUCGCAAAAAGAGUCAGAAUUACCUCACCUUUACUACAAUCCGAAGGAUCAUAAAAUCGGAGAACCGUUACGACCUAUAGUGAGCGGAAUAAAAUCUCCGCUGGCAAAGAUAUCUAGUUUUCUAGAUCAAAAUAUACGACCAAUAUUUGACAAACACACUACCUAUUCGCUUCCAAAUUCGAUAGUCUUUCUAAAACAUCUAAAGAAUUUUGAAACAACAUCAGAAACACACAUGUACACAUUCGAUGUUACAGAUCUAUACACAAUGAUUCCACAGAAGGAAGCAGUAUUAGCAGUGUGCAAAUUCUUAGGAAGACACGGAUAUAAAAAAAUUCGAGGAUUAUCUAUAAAUACAAUCAAAGCAUUAUUUUUACAUGUAUUAGAAAACUCUUAUUUCGUCUUACAACUACCAGGAUUAGAACCUAAAUACUAUAAGCAAACACGAGGAGGAGCUAUGGGAUCCGCAUGUACCCAAGUAUUAGCAGACAUAUACGUAAGAAAAUGGGAAAGUGAUUUUGUACAAAAGCAGCAGCAAGAAAACGAAUUAUAUUUCAGAUUCAGAGACGAUGUAUUUAUCACUACGAGACUAAUGCCACAACAAAUAGAAAGUAGAUUAUCAGAACUAAAAAAGAAAGAUGCUAACUUAAAAAUAACAUGGGAAGGAGGAAAAAAGGUAGACUACCUAGACGUCACAACAGAAAUAGAAACUCCUAAUUUUAAAACAACAGUGUUUCGUAAGCUAGCAGCGCAGCCAUACGUGCUACCAUUUCAUUCAUCACAUCCUAAGCACAUUACGAGAAAUAUACCACACGCGGCUGCUCUACGAGCAACUCGUAUAUGUUCACAUCGUGAUGAUCUAAGAAAUGAACUGGAUAGAAUUCGAAUCAUGUUACUUCUAAAUAAGUAUCCGCCAAGGUUCAUAGAUAAACAAAUGGAACGUUUCUUUCAAGAAGUGACGAAAGAAAAGACAGGAGAUCUACUAUUGGGUAUAGACCAUCAUAAAUAUCGAGAAAAAGUACUCGAUCCCACAUGA